CCUGUGUGUGCGCGCGCGCUCUCUCGGUGAGGGAAGCGGAGCAGGUGACAGGGACAGCACCGUGCGUUCACCCCGUCAGCAGCUCCUACUGAGCGCAGAACAUUGAAUAGUAAUAACGCCGUUUCUUAUUCGAGUCGCAGAACAUCUAACAUGUGAAGAGUUUGAAACCCUUUGUUGUUGUUGUUUUUGGCGGACAUUCAUUAUUAAGUUUUGACGUCUCUGAGAGAAAUAUCGGGUUGUCGCCGCUGUCCCUGGAUGGAGGACCUUGAUCUUGGAGUCGCUCGAGCUGAUGGAAGAGCUCCGUUUAUUCUGCUCUUAUAAAGAAAGCUUCAGUUCUGGGAAAGUCAGCAAAACAACCGAGAUAAAAUGCCUUCAUGGCUCAUGUUUGGCGUUCAUUUCAAAUAUUUUGUGAAAAGCGCAGUGAAAAGUCGUCGUUAAUGCGGAUUUAAAUGCGUCGCGCAGAAGGACGCCGACCUCCUGUUUCUCUGAUUCUGAUCUCACGCGAAGCGACGUGUUGGGUUAAAAAUCAUCGUUCAUACCGAGGAGAAAUUGUGGGCUAGAGAACGCCACUGUUGCGCAGAGAGGGCUUUUUGAAGCAAUAUGGCUGAUGGCUGGGGCUGGGGGCGCUGGCAGGAGCUCUCCAAAGCUACCCGAUGCUAGCUGUGGCAGAUCGCAACCUUUCCCGCGGCGGCGACGGCAGCUCUAGAAUGACUAAUAAUAUCAACUACAAUAAAAACUCGGACUCUUCUGUCUCCAUAUCCAGGAUGGAUGUGAUCAUCCCCUUCUCCCCAGACGUGCCGUGCGAUAACAAUGGCCAGCGCAUGUGGUGGGCUUUCCUCGCCUCGUCCAUGGUGACGUUCUUCGGGGGUCUCUUUAUCAUCCUCCUGUGGAGGACCCUCAAGUACCUGUGGACUGUCUGCUGCCAUUGUAGCAUCAAAACCAAGGAGGCCCAGAAAGUGAAUAGCGGGCAGGCAGAUGGGCCACUGAAGAGCCAGGAUGAGAAGGAUGAUGCCCCAGCUAGUGAGGUGGGAUGGAUGACCUCGGUGAAAGACUGGGCCGGGGUCAUGAUCUCAGCACAGACUCUCACAGGCAGAGUACUGGUGGUGUUAGUCUUUGCUCUCAGUAUCGGAGCCCUUGGAAUAUACUUCAUAGACUCGUCUGACCCUAUAGAGUCCUGUCAGAAUUUCUAUAAAGACUUCACGUUACAGAUUGACAUGGCCUUCAACGUGUUCUUCUUACUCUACUUUGGUCUGCGUUUUAUUGCAGCAAAUGAUAAGCUGUGGUUCUGGCUGGAGGUGAACUCUGUGGUGGAUUUCUUUACUGUGCCCCCAGUGUUUGUGUCCGUGUAUCUUAACAGGAGCUGGCUGGGUCUGAGAUUUCUAAGAGCCUUGAGACUGAUACAGUUCUCAGAAAUUUUACAGUUUUUGAAUAUCUUAAAAACAAGUAAUUCCAUCAAGCUGGUGAACCUGUGUUCCAUCUUCAUAAGCACAUGGCUCACAGCUGCAGGAUUCAUUCAUCUGGUGGAAAACUCAGGGGAUCCUUGGGAAAACUUCCAAAAUUCUCAACCACUUUCAUAUUGGGAAUGUGUGUACUUACUCAUGGUUACGAUGUCCACGGUGGGAUAUGGGGACGUCUGUGCGAAAACCACCCUGGGCCGACUUUUCAUGGUCUUCUUCAUUCUUGGCGGUUUGGCCAUGUUUGCCAGCUACGUCCCUGAAAUCAUAGAGUUAAUAGGAAACCGCAAGAAAUAUGGUGGUUCCUAUAGUGCGGUUAAUGGCAGAAAGCAUAUUGUGGUCUGUGGUCAUAUCACACUCGAAAGUGUAUCCAACUUCCUUAAAGACUUCCUACACAAGGACAGGGAUGAUGUCAAUGUAGAAAUUGUUUUUCUUCAUAAUAUUUCCCCUAAUCUUGAGCUGGAAGCCUUGUUCAAACGUCACUUCACUCAGGUGGAAUUCUACCAAGGAUCUGUUCUGAACCCACAUGAUCUAGCUAGAGUCAAGAUUGAGUCAGCGGACGCAUGCUUAAUUCUCGCCAACAAAUACUGUGCAGACCCAGAUGCUGAAGAUGCAUCGAAUAUAAUGAGAGUAAUAUCGAUCAAGAAUUACCAUCCAAAGAUAAGAAUAAUCACUCAAAUGUUGCAGUACCACAACAAGGCGCAUCUGCUAAACAUUCCCAGCUGGAACUGGAAGGAGGGCGAUGAUGCGAUCUGCCUGGCGGAGCUGAAGGCGGGCUUCAUAGCCCAGAGCUGCCUGGCACAGGGCCUGUCCACCAUGCUUGCCAACCUCUUCUCCAUGAGGUCAUACAUCAAGAUUGAAGAGGACACAUGGCAGAAAUAUUAUCUGGAGGGUGUGGCCAAUGAGAUGUACACUGAGUACCUGUCCAGUGCCUUUGUGGGCCUCUCUUUUCCUACAGUUUGUGAGCUAUGUUAUGUGAAGCUCAAAUUGUUGUUGAUUGCUAUUGAAUACAAGUCAGAGCAGAGGGAAAGCAGUAUUCUGAUCAAUCCUGGGAACCAUGUAAAGAUGCAGGAGGGAACCUUGGGAUUCUUUAUUGCCAGUGAUGCCAAAGAGGUCAAAAGAGCAUAUUUCUACUGCAAAGCUUGUCAUGAUGACAUCACAGAUCCCAAAAGGAUCAAAAAGUGUGGCUGCAAGAGACCCAAGAUGUCCGUCUACAAGCGAAUGAAACUGGCAUGUUGUUUUGAUUGCGGGCGCUCUGAGCGCGACUGCUCGUGCAUGGCAGGCAGUGUACAUAGUAACAUGGACAGCCUUCAGAGGGCCUUCCCACUUUCUUCUGUCUCUGUUCAUGAUUGCUCAACCAGUUUACGUGCCUCCAAAUAUAAGUAUAACGGAUAUGUUACAUCACCAGCAGAUGGCGCUACAACUCCAGGGAAAACAGGAGGUCAGAGAGAGGCUGGGGUUCGGUUCAAAGCAGAAUGGAAUUUAGUAAAAGAAGAAGUUAAACCUACUUUUCAAAAUCGCACCAUUAAAUUAGCUACCAGUAUGACUGUCCCACAAACUUUGGCAGUGGAGCAUUCUGCUGAAGCCUUUGUAAUUAACUGUAAAGGAAGUCUGCUUCCUCCAGUCCCACCCUUACGUCGAGGUCUCAGCCUGGCUGGCCUUAAUCGGGCCCGCAGCCUGCCUGGGAAAUGCCGCUACUACCCCAACACCACCAUGCUCUCCUCCUCCCUGCACUCGUCGAUGCUCUCCUCCACGCUCUCCUCCUCUAUACGCUCCUCCACUCGCCCGCCCACACCUUUUGAAGACGAGCAUCCAUCAACGCUGUCACCCAAAAAGAAGCAGCGUAACGGAGGCAUGCGAAAUUCACCCAACUGCUCACCCAAAGUGAUGAGACACGACCCUUUACUUAUUCCAGGAAACGAGCAGAUUGAGAAUAUGGACGUUAAUGUGAAGAGAUACGACUCCACUGGAAUGUUUCACUGGUGUCCUUCCAAAGAAAUCGAGAAAGUCAUUCUGACGAGGAGUGAGGCCUCCAUGACGGUUCUGAGUGGACACGUCGUGGUCUGUAUAUUUGGAGACGUCACUUCUGCUUUAGUUGGGCUGCGAAACUUGGUGAUGCCUUUAAGAGCAAGUAACUUUCAUUACCAUGAGCUGAAGCACAUAGUCUUUGUAGGCUCACUGGAUUAUCUGAGGAGGGAAUGGGAAACCCUUCAUAACUUCCCCAAGGUCUCCAUCUUACCUGGCACACCAUUAAGUCGAGCUGAUUUAAGGGCUGUAAACAUCAACCUCUGCGACAUGUGCGUUAUCCUGUCAGCCAAUCAGAACAAUAUCGACGAUGCUUCACUGCAGGACAAGGAAUGCAUCUUGGCAUCACUCAACAUCAAAUCUAUGCAGUUUGAUGACAGCAUUGGGGUCCUGCAGGCUAAUUCCCAAGGUUUUACACCUCCGGGAAUGGACAGAUCGUCUCCAGACAACAGUCCAGUGCAUGGGUUGGUUCGCCAAGCAUCGGUCACCACUGGAUCCAACAUCCCAAUCAUAACUGAACUAGUGAAUGAUUCAAAUGUUCAGUUCCUGGACCAAGAUGACGAUGAUGACCCGGAUACAGAGCUGUAUCUGACCCAGCCCUUUGCCUGUGGGACAGCUUUUGCUAUCAGUGUGCUCGACUCUCUUAUGAGCGCUACGUAUUUCAACGAUAAUAUCCUGACGCUGAUCCGGACGCUGGUGACAGGAGGGGCCACGCCGGAGCUGGAGGCGCUGUUGGCCGAGGAGAAUGCGCUGCGCGGAGGAUAUAGCACGCCGCAGACGCUAGCUAACAGGGACAGGUGUCGCGUGGCACAGCUCGCCCUCUACGAUGGCCCUUUCGCAGACUUGGGGGAUGGUGGCUGUUACGGGGACUUGUUUUGUAAAGCAUUAAAAACCUACAACAUGCUAUGCUUUGGAAUCUAUAGAUUAAGAGAUGCACACUUAAGUGCACCGAGCCAGUGCACAAAAAGGUAUGUCAUCACCAACCCGCCCUACGAAUUUGAGCUCGUCCCCACAGACCUGAUCUUCUGCCUGAUGCAGUUUGACCACAACGCAGGUCAGUCGCGAACCAGCCUGUCCCAUUCGUCCCAUUCCUCACACUCAUCCAGCAAGAAGAGCUCCUCAGUUCACUCCAUCCCUACCACCAACCGGCCCAACCGCAGCAGCAAGACCCGUGAAAACCGCGACAAACACAAUGCAACAAGGAUGAAUAGAAUGAGCCAAGAAAAGAAAUGGUUUACAGAUGAACCAGAAAAUGCCUACCCACGGAACAUUCAAAUCAAGCCCAUGAGCACUCACAUGGCCAAUCAAGUCAAUCAGUACAAAUCCACUAGCAGCCUGAUUCCACCAAUCAGAGAAGUUGAAGAUGAAUGCUGAAUCCCAGGCUUUUGACGAGUUGGAGCAUCCUGAUGUAAAAGAUGAGCAGUGAUGAGGAAACGGUGGUGAUAAAAACGAUUCACUGUCAUUUUACACCUUAAGGGUUUUUCUUUUUCUUUUUUUGUGACCAUGGAAACUAGAAGGGACCUCCUGUGUGUAUACCUUUAAUGUUACUUCCAUGCUUUUGGAAACAUUUAAUUUAUAAAUGUAUACAUAGUGAUGUACAUAAUGACAAUCAAAUAAGGAUUGUACAGCCCUCUAGCACUUUUUGAAAUUAUGUUAAAACAGUAAAGAAGUACUUCCUGUAAUUCAUUGCAAUAUCUCGUGUCUGUAGUGACCUGACUCUGUGCAGAAGGCUUUGUGUUAUGGAGGAUGAGGGUCACAGUCCUCCAGCUCGUCAACAUUACCCAAAGAACCUCAGCUGAAAUGUUGCUUAAGCCCCACUACACACAUACAUGCACCCUCAUCUGCUUCUUUUUGCACUAAAUGUAAUAGUGGAAAAACUUCUGAAAGGUACUGAAAGGAGUGUAAACAGUCAGACAGCAAUGACUUAAAAUUGCUGGCUGACUGUGGAGUGGCUCUGUUAGGAGAAGCGACUGUUAAAGGUGAUGAGUGUUGCCUGAGGGGCUUCAGUCCUGCUUUGUGUGGAGAAGCUUUCAUUUGAGUAAAUGUUGCACUCAACCUGGUCGUGCAGAGUGGAAAAUUGAUUUCAUUUCCAUUCACACAAACAGUGUAGGUUAUUGUGUACGGGAAUGUACUUAUCAUGUUCAUGUAAUAAUGCAAGAGGUCAUCUCCAGCGUAGCCCUACUAAAUUGGCAAUACAUUAUCAGGAUAUGCACUACUUUUGUUGAUGUCUUUCCAUCACGCUUGACUGCUGGUGUUGCUGUGGUUGUUUAAGUGUAUGCUCAAGGCUCAUAAUGCGUUUGUUUGAAAGAGGCACAGAAAUCGAACACUUGCUGAUAAUGCCACUGUGAUUGAGCUUUCGAAGCAUAUUUAACACUCUCUUUCAUUCUGAAUUAAAGAAGAAACUUGGAACGUGUAGUGUAACAUGCCACAUAUUGCGAAAAGUGGGCAUCCAUGGUUCCUCCUUCUGAUUGGUACCACUGCCAAGCACAUCGUUGGCACAGAGGCAGAGACGUGCUUGGAUGUUCUCUGUGACCAAACAUGAUGCCUCAAUAUUACAAGAAUCUCCAGACAUACUCAAGCGAAACUCAAUCAUUGCUGUCAUUAUCAUGUAAAGAGAACGUUGGACAGUGUGUUGUGUUGUUCUGCUGUUAGACAUGACGGAAUGAACUCCAGUGCACUUCACAUGGGAACACGGUGGUGUGGUGAGCCUCUACGUGGGAAGUGUAAUAAUACAUAUGUUAAGCAGAACUUUGCUUGAAGUGUUCUGUCAGAUUUAUACAUACUGUACGUACAUAGUUAUUUUUUAUCCAUAUAAGCAUAAUCAUUUUGUACUUAUUUUUAUACAUAUCAAAGAACUUUAUUUCUAAAAUUAUCUUAAAUAGAUAUUAACAAGGCUUCAGUACACACCAGUUAAGUUUGUUGUCCAUUUUUACCCUUGGCAACAGAACAUAUCAUGCUUCUAAAAGGACAAGCGUACUGUCCAUCUUGUGCUACAGAAGACAGUCACAAAGUUCCAGCUUCAGCUCUCCGUCUGCUUUUCUGGGAGAGAACUGAUCCUUGAGCUGCUUUGAAGGACCUAGUUAUAUCAAUUAUAAUAUUCUAUUGUACUAUCUUAUUGGCUGAGAUAAGCUACUGAUACAGUAAUUAGAUGUAAACUGUAGUAUAAUACCAAGUGGAAAGUGAAAAUUGAUGGUGAAAAUGUGCAUGAGAAUGGGUCAUUGCCAAUGGCUUGAAUCUACUCUCACUCUCUCAGGGUAGAAUUGAUGGUUAUCACUGAUAUUGACCUAAAUUAGGUCUCAGGAAACAGAGUAACAUGCUGAAAUAUUUUAAUGUGCAUAAACUGUAAUACACUUAAAACUGUGUUUGAAAUGGCACAGUUGGAAGAUGUGCAGAUCGACUCAGUCAGUGAGAUAAUCACCAUCUAAUGCGAGAUAGAAGGAGAAAAACACAUAGCAAUUUUACUACUGAGGAAAAAAAAUAUGAUUAUGCUUAGUGUUGAAGUAUGUUGUGUAAAUUCUGCCCAUUUAUAGGCCACAUUUUAUUUUUUGAAGAACAAGGAUCUCAGAUUUAAUGUUUGUCCACUGGAUGUAGUUUGAUCCUAAUGCAGCCCACUAGGCUCUGUCCUCAAGUGCUUUUUAAUUGUGAAUACAUGGAUGUUACACUUCGUAGCAAGUAGACUUCUUUAAAAAAAAAACCAAAAAAAAACACGUGAGUAAACUGUAUGUAAAAUUGGAUUGUUAAAUGACAUACUUGCUAGUCUGGGGGGGAAAAAAGGAUUCAGACCUAAAAUGAAUCAUAAAUCACAAAAUACUGGAGUCAUUUUUUUUUUUAAGAGGACUUGUCCAAGAUAAUUUUCCUGUAAUGAAACUCAUGCAGUGCAUUGCGAAGAAGAGCUAAAGUACGGUGCAGAAAGCAGGUUUGAUGAAUGUUUUGAGUGAAGCUAAUUUCAGAGUCAGUACACUGUAAUCUCAGUUUAUUUCUUUAAUAUCAGCGUUUACAUUCCAUAUUGCCAGUUUUUAAGCAAUUCUAUGUUCUAGUAAUAAAGUCAUUGUUUAAAAUCACUAUCACUUAUUUGUUUACAGAUAUAACAUAACAAUUAGUAUAUAUCAGGAAUGUUUUCUUCUCUGUCAGUAGAGUUAGGAUUUUUUUUUUCUUUCGACAGCUAAAGUCUGUCCACAAAGUGAUAAACAAGACUUGUCCUUCAGCUUGACUUUAUUCUCUAGUGUGCAUCAAGCAGUCACAGCAGUUCAUUGCAGUGUGUGUGUGUGUGUGUGUGCGUGCGUGUGUGCGUGAGUGUACACCCCUGCUGUGAGUUGAAACCACUGUUCUCUACGUAUCGGACUGUCUAAAGUGCCAUGACGUUGUCUCUAAACCAGCAUCAUUCAGUCAGAUGUUAAAAUCAUGAAGAGGAUUUUUGAGGCAUCUAAUCCUGGCAUGGAGAACAUCCAAGCCACGCAAGCCUCCAUGCCAGGGCAGUGCAGGCAGUGCUGUGCUCAGACUGAAGGAGGAACGUCUGAAGACCCACUAAAGCGAAAAGUGGCAUCUAAAAGAGCCUAAAUUUUCGGUUUGAAAGCCAGACUCUACUGAUUAUACACGUAUAAACACACUGACUGAAAGAUGCUGGGCACUAAAUGGGUUUUAAUGUCUGUAUAGUCAUCUGUCCACUUGUUAAAGAGUGUUAUUUCAGACAAUUAUUCUACUGUUAAAAAAAAAACAACAAAAAAAAACAACUUACUACAACGUUACAAACUGUACUAAAUAAUGUGCUUUAAGGGAAUUAAGUCUUAACUGAAAGUGAAACCUUAGCUGAAACUGCUUUGGGAAACUUUUUUUUUCUUUUUUCCAUUUUAAUAUAAAUUCAGAACAUCCAAUUUCCAUUUAAUUAUUUGGCUGUUCAUUACAGGACAAAAGGAAUUUGAGCUGUUUUAGCUAAUGGAGAAAGUGAUGGUGCUGAGUUGAUCUACCUGACUCUGUCAAAUAUAACCUGCUGAUAAACAUACUGUCUUGUACAAAAAGUUUGUACAUAAAUUGUACAUGUUUCUUUUUGUAUUUUCUCAAAUUAAAAUGGAUGUAUUUGUGUUCUAA